GGUUCGGCCCGAGCUAGAUAGACACAGCCCUUGGCGGAUUUAAACAACCUAAACAUUAAACAAUACAGCUGCCUCAAAUCUUUGGGAAUUUCAGAAUGACUGACACUGCCAAAGCUGUUCCAAAUUUUGAAGAGAUGUUUGCUAGUAGAUUCACAGAAGAUGACAAGGAGUAUCAGGAAUACUUGAAACGCCCUCCUGAGUCCUCUCCAAUUGUUGAGGAAUGGAAUAGCAGAGCUGGUGGGAACCAAAGAAACAGAGACAAUCGGUUGCAAGAUAGCAGACAGUUCAGAGGCAGGGACGGCAGAUGGGGGUGGCCAAGUGACAAUCGAUCCAAUCAGUGGCGUGGACAAUCCUGCGGUAACAAUUACCCGCAACACAGACAAGAACCUUACUAUCCCGACCAAUAUGGACAUUAAGGUUACAACCAGCCGCCCCCUUACGAUAGAAAUGUUGGCAGCUUUUAGUAAAAGCAUUUACUCUGUUA